AUGAUGGAACCUGAGGCCAGAAGAGGAGAAAGGCCCACCUACAGAAAGCCAUAUCUAGCCUAUAUUGAUCAAAUACCUCUGUACCCGGGCAUUAAGGUACGAAACUUCACCUUGUUCAAUGGAGAAGACACCCAUGCUUCAUCAGUUGAGCAUAUAGGCAGAUUCUCUAUUCAGUGCAUAGCCAUAGAAAAUAACCCUCUGUUAAAACUAAGGCUUUUUGGAAACUCUCUCUCCGAACAAGCCUUCACUUGGAUUCAGCCAGAAGUCAUCAUCAGUGAUCAUUCUGCCCUCAAACAGAGUGAAGAUGAGCCUGCCCAAGAUUUCAUAACCAGGUUCAAAAAACUCAAAAUGGAAUGCCGAAUCCCUAUGGAAGAAAGACACUGCAUUCAAAUGGCUCAAACCGCCCUUAAAAUCUCUCUGAGGAAGAACAACAGAAGAGGAACUCCUCCAAAGGCACAUAUUACAAAACCCCAUCAGUUGCAUGGCUCUGACAAAGCCACCUAA